AUGAUCUCGAGCUCCCUUGUCCUUGGUGACGAGCGGGAAUCUUUACUCGAGCAGCUGAACAAUGCCCAGGCCAGGCACGAGCGGGCCAAAAGUCGGAUCAACCAGCUCAAGAUUGAUGUGGAUGACCUCAAGGAGAAGCAGAAACGCUGGGGUGACCAGCUGGAUGAGCACCGUAAAAGGAGAGAGGAUUUGGAUGCUGCUCGGGCUGAGAUUGAAAGGCUCACUGCUGCUAUGGCGCCGGGCGAGAACGAGCACAAGGCUGCCGAGGGCUUGACUACCCGAGCAGACUUGGUCAAGGUGAUUGCUCAGCUGUCCCAUGACUUUGUAGAGGGCACUGAGUAUGCCUUUGAGAAUGCCGUGCAGCAGAUUAAGUGCCUUAAUCCUGAUGUGGAUUUAGUGACCCAAGGUAUGCAUGUGAACGGGGAGGUCAAAGAUGGCCAGAUUGUUAUCCCUGCUGGCCUGGCCGUCUCGGAUGACGAGGAGGAAGAUGCUGAGGUGGCGCACGAGGAAGAUCAUGGAGACGAGGAGGGUGAUGGGCAUGAGCAGGAAGAUAGGUGCGAGGAGUAG